ACCCCAUACCCUACCCACGUUGACGGAACUCCUCAUCGCGAACCUCCCGACCACCGGCGUCCACACCGGUGACACCUCCCCUUCGAAAUCCUUAUGGAACAUCCCGAACCCGAAUUCGCUCCUCUGUCGCGCCGCCACCGCCUCCACGGCCACCGCUUCUCCGCGAAAGCCUCUAGCCUCUCUCUAGCGAACGACCCCACCUUUUCCGCCUUUUUCCCCUUCUUCCUCGUGAUGAAUUGCAGUGAAGCUGCCGAAUUCGGAGGCGAGAGAGAUGGUGUAAACAACUUCCUUCCGUCGCCAGACCCCCAGUGAAUCGGCGACUCGGUCGACUCAGCAAUCGACUUGUUGAAGGGGUCGGCGGUGGUGGGAGUAAAUGGGCGGCUCCCCUCGCUGCUCUGCUGGCCUAUUAUGAAGAAAGUCUUGGGGAGCUUGGGGAUGUCGUCCUGCCGCCGACGGCGGCCCCUUUCCCUUUCCGAUGAGUAGUUGUCCCGUUGUGGAUCUCCGCCGUAGGAUUGGGCUUCUUGGCGAGGCAACGGGCGGGGUGACAUCCCUUGUAGGGGGCGAGGGUGGCGGUGGAAUCGUCGGUGGUGGAAGAGUAGUGGUGGUGAUGGUGGGUUUUUUUCUGGCGGAGGAGCUGCAACUCAUCAAGCAACUGAAAAAUCAAUCAUUUUUCAGAAAAUCAUCAAGAAAAUUAGAUUGUUUCCUACAUUUGGUUUUCCAAGUGCAAAGUCCCGAAAUCAAACCAGUUCAGCAUAUUACAAUCCUAGUUUCAACUACAGUUCAACGUUGGGUAGGGUGUGGGGUUUGUAGAAAAAAAAAAUUAGAUUUUUUAAUGAAUCUAAUAAUAAGGU